AUGGCUGCUGGGCAACUAUCGGAGCAGCAGAUACUUCCCCAUGCUUUACCGGAUGUGAGGCCUAUAUUCCAGUCGUUGGCAGCGGUUGGGAUGGUGCUACUGGUGUACGAUUACUUGCUUACAUUCGACCUCGAAAUCGAGUUCAUCUGGAAGUCGAGAUGGAACGCCGUCAAGGUCCUCUUUCUCCUGACGCGCUACCUCCCCUUCCUUGAACUUCUCCCGCUGAUAAAUUAUGUGUUCAUGGAUGGCGAAUGGUGGUACCAAUGCGAGACAACGUAUCGAGCCAUUGGUUGGAUGCAAGUCAUUGGGGUUAUCUGCGCGGAAGUCCGGAUAUGGGCCGUAUGGGAUAGGUCUCGUCGAGUGGGGAUAUUCCUCACUUUAUUCGCCUUGGUCUCGUUCGGCCUCUUGAUGGGUCUCGCAAACAUCUACUUCCAAUCCGUUCGUUAUUUCAAGCUUCCGCAGCCACACGGCCACCACUGUCUGAGCAUUCGAGUCGGGAACAACCUCUACAUCGUCUCGCUGUGGGUGAUCAUUCUCAUCUACGACACAGUCCUCAUUUCUCUCCUGGUUGUCCGCGGAAUCCCAUGUUUGCGGGCAGCCCUCAACUGUUUUCGUCUACAGAACGCCGUCUUUCGAUAUGUGAUGAACGUCGUCAUCAUGCUCCUGCUUCCAUUCGAAUACAUUAACAUCCUCGCAACGUGA